AUGGAAAUCACAGUAGCGGCCCUCGAGGGUCAGGUGUGCGAUGAUCUCAAAAAGCACACGAUGGGCUUCGACUACCUGGAUCUUCAGACCGGAGCAAUAAUCACUGGUGAACUCGACGGCCUAAAGAAGCUUUUCAACGCUCUGAGCCCCGCAUUGCAGAAGGUCACUUCGAUCAAGGCAGCGCUCUGGCUCACACAGAUGACCCAAAAUUGUAUCAGUCAGGGUCACACUCCGCCAAAGCUUAUCGGUGACAAACCACUGUCCCAGGCAGAGUGGAAGAUCUACCAAGAUGCUCUACCCGAAUGUACAUGUCACCAAGCAACAGGUCUGGGAAUCGACGAACUACGUGACGAACUUGCCGCACAGGUGCUAGUCACGCUGGAGUCUUUCUGGACGAACAGACCAACCGAUAUAGAGGAGCUCAGAGCUGUCAAGCAAAAGCUGGCAAAUCUUAUGACAGUGCUUUUAAAAUCAGAAGCGAAGGCGAAGGCGUUCGAAGCCGCGCUCUCAGACGAAAAGCGCAAAGUAGAGGAGCUGGAGCUGAGUCUGAAAAUGGAUGAAGGCAGUUUUGCUGCAAAGGAAAGAAUAUUGAACGACAAGUAUCGUCAGCUUUCGAAGGGCUAUUACACCAACGUCGAAAAGUUAGUCAAAGAGCGUGUGUACGACGAGGGGAUGAAGCAUAUUGACUCAGGUCAUAAAGUUCAUGUAAUGGCUUUGCAGCACGCUAGAAUGCUUAAAGAGAAAGAGGUGCUAGAAGCCAAGAUGCUGGAGGGAGACCAAGAGAAAGUGCUACUGAGACGGACGAAAUUGGAACUAGAGAGGGAGUACAGGAAGCGCGACGAUCAGGCAAAUGCUCUGCAACAAGGCUACGACCAACUCAACAACGAGAACCAGGUUCUCCAGACUGAGAAGGCUGUACUUCAGACCGACUACGAUGAGUUGAAGCGAGAGUACGAGAAGCUAUCAAGAGAACCCACAUCGGGCCCCAUGCCGCAUCACGAGAGCCAACCAGCAGUCUCAAAGCCACAUAUCCCCGAUACAGCUGCGGUGUUCGCUCGUCAAGUCGCCGAGCUCCAACACCUAGACGGGCUUGCAACCAUCUGGCAGAACACUCUAGACACUGCGACUGCCGAUGUAAACGACUCUAAGGAUAAGAAGAAGGCACUCGAGGGCAAGGUACAAGAAGCUGAGCAAGCAUUGAAAGAGUUGAAGCCUGCGCCAAAGUCGAAGCCUUCUCGCGCGUCAAGCACCAAGACCGGAUCUGAGGACAGUCGCGCAGCAGAGCCAGCGGCCGUCGAUGGCGCAUGGACUGGUCGAGUUGUUGUUCAGUCGUCUGUCAACCCACCUGUCACACUGCGCAAGGUCCCUCGCGUCGCAGAAGCCUUUCCUGCACUAAGCUCCCCAGCAGUACCCAAAACUACUCCGUCAACCACUUGGAAAAGUCUUCGUCUCGUCGACACACCGAAGGAAGAGAUCAGAGGCGCUUUGAAGAAGUCUGGCUAA